CAGGUCGACAAUUCUAUAGGGUUAUUAUUGCUUCUAGAGCAGUGAAUUAUAGAGAGUCUUAAUCCCAAAACAAAAACAAAGCGUAUAUGAAUUACUUAGACAUCGGCGCACAUACAGUCAGAAACCAAAUAACCACAAGGCGGAAGAGUGCAGCCGAGACGCUUGGAGUCGCACUGAGUAGCGUUGAGUUGCGUUAAGUUGAACAAGAUUCUUCAAUACGAUUUUGCUGUGCUGUACGAAAACACAUAGCAGUCGUCGACGAAUUGUUCAGUCAGUGAUCUUUCUCGGUUCGUGUUAGACGUGUACGCGUGGUAGCUCGAAAAACGCGAGAACUCGCAGACAAUAUAAAUAUUAGAAAUAAAAAAAAUAUAUAUACAACGAACUGAAAUAUUUCAACACUAACAGCAGCUACAAAUAAGAAACCAACAACUAAAUCGUAUUUGUAUUUUUUACGGAAACAAAAAAUACAAAUUUGAUUUUUCAAUUCAGUAUAAACGCUGUUAAAUAGAAAAGUAACAACAAAAACAAACCAAGUUUUAAUAGUAUUAAAUUACUAGUUAAGUAAACUCGUACAACGCGCGAAAAUGUCUACAAAGAAGAAUGGUAAUGCCGUUACGGAAUUUCAAUUCCCACAACCCAAAGAGAAGCAAACCUGCAUGGAAAUAAUCUAUAAUAGCAAGGAUGGCACCUAUUUUGGACGCACACCCAAAAAUUGGGGCCAGUUGAUGCUUUUCUACACCAUCUUUUAUAUUGUGCUCGCUGCUUUAUUCGCCAUAUGCAUGCAGGGCCUCUUUGCCUCUUUAAGUAAGAAUGAACCGACUUGGAAACUCGAAAGUUCACUGAUUGGCACAAAUCCCGGCUUAGGCUUUCGGCCGCUGAGCGAGCAAACGGAGCGUGGUUCGGUGAUACAAUUCGAUACAAAGAAACCAGGUGAAGGCGCAUAUUGGACGAGUUUGGUAGAUCAAUUUCUUGAGAAAUACCGAACCACCGGUGAGAAGACAUUCUGUGACUUCAAUCAGACAGUUAAUGCCAAUAAAGUAUGUGUUGUCGAUGUGAACAAUUUUGGUCCAUGCUCCAAGGAAACUGGUUAUGGUUAUUCCAAUGGUCGUCCGUGCAUUUUCUUGAAACUGAACAAAAUCUUCAAUUGGGUGCCAAAGUACUUUGAUAAUACAGAAAAAUUACCUAAGGAAAUGCCACUUGAUCUUAAGGAGUAUAUUGGAAAUUUAACUGAAACUCAGCGCAAACAAGUUUGGGUAUCAUGCAAAGGUCUACAUCCCGUCGAUGAGGAAAGUAUUGGCGAAAUGAAAUUCUACCCCGGUCGCGGCUUCCCCGCCUACUACUAUCCAUACCUCAACCAACCCGGCUAUCUAAGUCCCUUGAUUGCGGUACAAUUUGAAAAACUGAAACAAAAUCAAUUGGUGAGCGUCGAGUGUCGCGCCUGGGCGAAUAAUGUCAUCUAUAGCGGUAGUUUGAAUGCACGAACUGGUUCGGUAACUUUCCAAUUGUUUGUGGAUUAAGCGUGCGACGAUGGCAGUAGCAACAGCAACAACAACAACAAUCAGAAUAAUAAAUAAAAUUACAAAGAUAAAAAAUUUGUAAAGAAAACAUGGCGACUUGGCAAACGAUAUACACGCGCACAUACACGCACGCGUAAGAGAGAAAGAGUGUUGAGAAUAAAAAUGUAUUAAAUAUGUAUGAGGCAAAAGUAAGGCGACAACAGAGAUAGAAAAGAAAUAUAAAUAUUGCAAACACAAUAUAAACAAUUAACAAGUGUAAAUGCAGUAAACGCUUACGUAAGGCUUAAAUCAUUAUCUUAUCAGAGAAAGAUUUUGUGUGGAACUUUGAGAAAAUACAUAUAGAAAUGCUAAGGAAUUCGAUAUACAUAAAUACAUACUUAUAUGAUAGCUUUGUGAGUCGCUCGAGUUGUUGUUGUGCUAGCUAAGUUAUUAUUGAAACGUUCAAAAAUCGUUAUAUAGCAAAUUUAUUUGUAAACGUGAGGACUUGCGGAAUCGUCUGAUUAAAAAAAAUGUGGUAAACGAAUGUUAUUUUAAUUACUUUUAUUUUUUUUUGUAAUUUUAAAUUAAUUAAUUCAAGCGAGCUAAAAAAAUAGGCUAACUAAGAAGUUUUAGUAAAUGAAAAAUGUUAAAAAAUAAAAUAUGUUACAAACAUAUAUUUAUAUGGCGAGCGCAAAAUUUAUGUAAUAACAACAACAAUAAAAAUCGUAUGUAUUAGUGCAAAAAACUAAAAAAGAAAUGUAUUUCAACUGAGCGCUACAACAGAAAAGGCAAAAAUUUCGAACGCCCAUGCAUACAAAAACACACCACACAUACAUAUAUAUGUACUCUAUUGUAUUGUACAAUUCGAAAAUAUUUUUUUAUAAAAUUACAACUUUUACAAUUAAUAAUCAAAAAAAAACAUUUUAUUGAAAGCUCGCAUAUGAUGUAAUACAAAUGAGAAAAUUAGAUAUAUAUAUACAUAUAUACAUAAAAGAGUGCGUACGUACACACAUACGAAAAGCCAUUAUCAAUAAAAAACAAACAAGUAAACAUAUAUGUAUGUAGUACAUGCAGUUGUAUGCUUUGUGUGUAAUUUUCUCUGUAUGCAUUUUUCAAAAUCUUUAACAUACGCAAAUACACACACACACACACACACACGCAUAUUAGGCAAGCGCAAACACCAACAGCGGCUAGAGGCUGCAGAUACAAAAAAAAAACUUUA